UAUACCCAUGUCGCAAGACCAAUAACUUCAAAGCACCAUGACCAUGUUCGCAUCAUGUCGGACCAGAACUAUCGGAAGCCGUUGCUUUUCGCACUAGCCGGCGCCACUGUGCUCUCUGUAGCCUUCUAUACGUACACCUACUAUUCGACCGAGUUGCGCCUCGAACCGAUCCAGCCAUCAUCCUUACAUCGCAGCAAUGCCAUCCGCCGGCCUAGACAUAGACGUCACUGGCGGGCUGGCAUCGUCCCCCGCACUCUUGAUUACGAUCCAACCGAGCGAGCCAUCAAUAAUCUGGAACGGCGAAAUCAGACAGGAGAAGGCUACGGAGAAUAUCACAACAAGUGGUUUUUUCCGGAAUCGUUAGAUACCGAAGGGGCUGACUUGACUCUGUUGCCAUGCAAGCUGAAGCCUAUUUACGACCAUCUGCUGCGACACACUUUGGUGCCUCUUUCACCAUAUCAACAAGACUGUCUUCGGCUGCACAUCCAUGGCGUUUUCACGCAGAACUUCCUCCGCGAAGAAUUCCCCGAAGGCUACAUCAUAGGAGAUGAUGCCUACAUCGUAGCAAGGGGUCUCGAGGUACUUGGGGUUGCUGAGGAGAUUGUCUAUGAGGUUGUAAAGGCCUUCGAUGAGGGAGAAUUCCAUUUGAGUGAGGAAUGGAGUCCCCUCGAGGCCCCUAUAGAAAGCCCAGUACAGGUUCCGGUGCAUACUGAUGGCGCCACCGAAGACAUGGCUCCCCAGGAUGCUCUGCAGGCUUUGCGCGAGUCCGGAGGAGACGAAGAAGGAGAGAGCGAGAUAUCGUUCAGCAACAACGAAGAUGAUCCCGAGGGCAGCCAGAACAUGCUUGAUCUGCUCUAUCACAUCGCGGGCGAACAGGCACGCAAAGAAGGAUACAUCCAUCGUGGCGUUGAGUGCAACAGCUGUGGCACCCAUCCCAUCCAAGGCAUCCGCUACCAUUGUGCGAAUUGCUUCGAUUUUGACCUGUGCGAAAGUUGCGAGGCUAGCUCUACACACGCCAAAAGCCACGUUUUCUUCAAAAUCCGCAUACCUGCGCCAUCAAGAGGAAACAUUAAACAUGUCAUCCCGUCGUGGUAUCCAGGAGACGCGAAUGCGUUUCCGACUUCUCUCCCUAAGAAUGUAUCCAAACCUUUAUUGGAGCAGACAAAGAUGGAUCGUACGGAGAUGGUCGCCCUUUACGAGCAAUUCAAAUGCCUCGCAGGCCAUUUCUGGCCUACUGAUCCUUCUGGGCUGGGAAUGGCCAUUGACCGAAAAGGAUUCGACGCUUAUUUCAUUCCUUCAACGGCCGAUAAACCGUCUGCUGCGAAUCUGAUCUAUGACCGCAUCUUCGCAUAUUACGAUACAGAUGAUAAUGGCCUCAUUGGGUUCGAAGAAUACAUCAAAGGCCUUGCUCGCCUUCAGGACAAGUCACGAUCCGCGAGACUGGAACGCAUAUUCCAGGGUUACGAUCUUGAUGCAGAUGGUUAUGUGGAUCGGAAAGAUUUUCUUCGUAUGUUUCGUGCAUAUUACGCCCUGAGCAAAGAGUUGAGUCGCGAGAUGUUCAAUGCACAAGAGGAUUAUGGUCCCAACGAGGAGGAAGUUCGGGAAGUUGUUCAUGGUAGUCAACCGAUCAGUGCUGCAUUCGGUGGCAGCAUUCUGAACGGACACGAAUCAAGGACAGGCCAAGACAAAGAGCGACAGGCGACCGGCGAUCUUGAAUUGUCCAAUGGACCGAACGGUGUUCUUCAGCCUGACAUGGAAACGCGAGGAGAUCGUGCUAGGGCUAUUGGCAAUGUCGCGCUUGGGAAUCGCACGAGAAAUCAUCCCUUCCGCUCAUUCAGGCCUGAGCGAUCAGAAGACGAGCCCGUCAUGCUUCUUCCGAGUGAUAGCAAUUUUACACGUUCCGGAAUGGAGGAUGUUGAUGAGGCACCUGAAGAGGAGCUCACUGGCCCUGAUGCACCUCUACAAACGUACGGCUGGCCACCACCUUUGACGCCAGAGGCACGAGACAUCAUUACCGCUCUCGGACGCGAAGUAGCGCUCGAGGAUAUCACCGAUCCUCUGGACAGGACCAGAGUGAUAUAUGCCCAGGCUGAACGCCUUGAUGUCGAAGCUGAUCACGCCGAGGAGGCUGCCAGAACGAAGGCUGUUGAAGAAAGGUGGCGUCGGCGACAGUUUUACCUCGAUGAGGAGGAAGGCAUGACAAGACCGCCUGGUUACAUGGAGCCAGACAGUUCCGACGAUGAGAAUGUUCCACCAAUUCUCAAGAAAAGUCGGUGUGACGGUGCCUCGAGCCCUCGGAGACCAUCUGUGCGAUCCCGAUCGUCAUCCAAGGUGCGCUUCGAUGAUAGUGCCAUUGACACCGACUAUGAGACGCGUUCGAAUGCGUCCUCUCGGAGCAUUACCCUCAACGAAAGAUGGGGUGGAUACGAACUUGGUCAAGCCGACGCAGAUAUCGGCAAGGAUAUCCUCUAUCAAGCGGUUCAACAAGGCUUCAAUGAAUUGUUGGAUGGCUUGUUCAAGGAAAAAGAAGAUGAGUGGCUUGAGGUCUGCCGGACCCGCAAUAAUCGUCACAAGUUCAAAAGAGAGAGAGAAGAGUACGGAAAGGUGCUUGAGGCAGCGAAAGAACGAAAAGAGGAAGCACUGAAAGAGGCCGACAUGCUUAGAACCGAAGAGCUGCUCAACGGAUCUUCUUCGGGCCCCGACUUGCCACAGGGCGACGUUGCCGAACCUGUUUCCACUACAAUUCCUGAAACGAUUAUCCCUGAUAUUCCUGAUCCCGAUGAUCAUAUAGAAUUGAUGUUCGGAAACGGCCUGUCGAACCACAACGACAUUGCAAAUGGAGCGAACCAGGAAGCCCUGUCAGAAGGAUCUUAUCAUGACCCUACUCUUCCGCAGUUUCGACCCGAUCACAAUUCUGGACCAGCAUCUCCUGCCCCAACGCCGCCACCCAAUCCAUUUGGUGGUGACUCCGUUGCUUCACGAGCACUGUACGAUCUUUGGCUUCGCCAUGAUGCGAUUGAGGCGGAAGCUGACGAGCGGAGUGGCCCCGGAAAGCUCAGUUUCCCAGAAUUUCGACGAAAAAUGGUUCUAGAGGACGAAGUAGGCAAAGCGCUUGGCGUCAAGGGCAAAAGCCAAGGUGAAAAUGAACAACAUGGGUGGGAGAGCAGUGCUGAUCUUGGGAGAUUGGCUUUCGUGGGUACUUGGUUGGAGAUGGCGAGCUUCUAGUGAAUAGCGGUGUCGGUUCCUUGCCAGCCCCGCUGACCAUACGCUUGUUCGUUGGCGUUCUGCAACACCGACACCCUCACCAUCUGCGCAGCAUUCAUAUAUGGAGCUUAUUCCUAGUGAAGCAUCGCUCCAACAUUCCAGGAUCUUAGCUGUACAACAGAAGCAGGACGAGUUUACGAUGUUAUGAUUUCAAGCAAAUGAUACCUGAACGCAUUUCCCAGCGAUGUUGCAUAUCGGGAGGCACCCAGAGGCAAAUGACUCAAUAGGUACGCAAUGGCAAACGUUACAAAAGUCCUCAACAUCCAUCCAAUGUGAUGAACAAGCAAUUCAAACCGCUGCAGGGACCUUGACGUACAACAGCGGCGCGUGCUGUUGGGUACCCAAUGUGUCUCUCUCUCCAAUGCUUCCCUGCUCCCAAGGUCUUUUUAUUGUACAUUUCCAAGCCAUCGCUGGGUCAAAAUACAUGUUUGUGAGAAUGUUUUGCUCCUGGACCCCAUACAACCGUCCUAUCACAUCAUUUGUCAAGACGUUGGCUGAC